GUCCCGCAGUGCACUCGCUCGCUGCCAGUUGCCAGUGCCUUAGUGCCCAGAGCCUAGUGCGCGCGUGUUCUGCAGCCAAAGCAAUACUACUGUACGUAGUAUACAGCAAGCAAGAAUGACCUCCACCACACACAGCAGCUCCUCCAAGUACGGCUACGCGCUCAACUUCGACUGGAAGCACCCGUGGCCGCGCGCGCCGACGCCCAAGAACGAGGACGCGCGCCUGGCCGAGCUCGCGCGCUACCGCAUCCUGGACUCGGAGCCCGACGAGAAGUUCGACAAGCUCUGCCGCAUCGCGUGCAAGGAGAUGAAGUGCCCCAUCGCGGCCGUGAGCUUCAUCGACAAGCAGAAGCAGUGGUUCAAGGCCAACAGCGGCCUCACGCAGCGCCAGAUCCCGCGCGACGUCGCGCUCUGCGCGCACACCAUCAUGCACGCCAAGCGCGCGCUCGUGGUGGAGGACACGUCGCUGGACGAGCGCUUCCAGCACAACCCGCUCGUCACGCGCGCCUCGGCCGUGCGCUUCUACGCGGGCGUGCCCAUCACGACACCCAACGGCUUCUGCAUCGGCUCUGUCUUCGUCUUCGACGUCAAGAGCCACCACAACGUGGACGCCAAGAUCCUGCACAAGAUCGCCGCCAAGGUGCUCAAGUACAUGGACGAGCGGCUCAAGAACAUGGCGGCGGCCAACGGCGGCUCGCUGCCGGAGCCCGCCCCGCUCUCCUCCUCCACCUCGUCCACCAGCUCGCGGUCCAGCGCCGCGCCGCCCGCGCGGAAAACCGUGUCGCCGCCCACAUCACAGGGGAGCACCGAGCAGCCCGCGGGCGAGACGGCCAUGCGGGAACAGCAGCCGCCCCCGGCGCCCGUCAAGCCUGAGCCCGUUGCCGCUGCUACUGCCGACAGUGGAGCCAUCGUGCAGGCCGCGCAGGCUGCGACUAGCACCGCCAUCGAGGCGCAGGGACAGGGACAGGGAGGACUGGGCAACAUGGGCUCCAUGCUCAUGAACCUGCUGGCGCGCACGACCGAGACCCAGCAGCAGCUCGCGGCGCAGCAGGGCGUCAUGUUCGAGACGCUGGGCGAGCACUCGAACCAGCUCGAGUCGCUGGGCCAGUCCAUGACCAACCUCGAGAAGCGCUUUGAGCAGGUGCGGCUCAAGAAGGAGCAGCAGCAGCGGAAUGCGGCGAACGGAAGCCGCCGGCCCAAGCGCGUGUAAUAGCCGACGCGACAGAUUUGAUUUGAUCAAGAAGAAGAAGAGAGAAGUGGAAGAAGCUGCUCGUUUUAAGUGGUGGCUCGG